CUUCCUCUCUUCCAUAUAUAGCAGUUCCGCCCGUGUAUUCAAUCAUUUUAGCUGAGGCUUUGUUUAGAACAUCUGAUCCCAUCUCAUCGAGCACUCACUGCUACAACAAUGGGGGAAAAGAAGGUGACUAUAAUGAUUCUGAAGGUAGACCUUCAGUGUGAAAAAUGCUACAGGAAGGUCAAGAAAGUCCUCUGUAAAUUCCCUCAAAUACGAGACCAGAUGUACGACGAGAAGAACAACCAGGUGAUCAUCAAAGUGGUCUGCUGCUGUCCCGAAAAGAUCAGGGACAAGCUAUGCUGCAAAGGAGGUGGCGCCAUUAAGAGCAUCGAGAUCAAAGAGCCCGAGAAGCCCAAGCCUCCUUCUCCGGCUCCGAAACCUGCUCCGGCUCCGGCUCCAAAACCUGCUCCGGCUCCGGCUCCGGCUCCGAAACCUGCUCCGAAACCGGCUCCGGCUCCGGCGGGGGUACCUGCUUGCCCUCGGCGGCCGGUGAACCCGUGUUGUAUGGAUUGUUACGGAGGGCGUCAUGGUGGUCCCUGCGAAACUGGGUACGGUGCUCCGGCUCCACCUCCUGCUCCGAAACCUUCUCCGGCUCCUGUGCCGGUUCCUCCUUGCCGUCCGCGGCCGGUGAACCCGUGUUGUAUGGAUUGUUACGAAGGGCGUCCUGGUGGUCCCUGCGAAACUGGGUAUGGUCACAGAUGGCCUGCCCCUUACACACAGUACGAUGGCUACUAUGGAAGGCCGGUCUAUGAUAGUUACGGCGGUGGGAGGAGUUACUGCGUGACCCGCCCCCAUUGUUUCAGUGAAGAAAAUCCCCAAGGGUGCGCAAUCAUGUAAAACCAUACGUACCUAGCUACCUACUGUGCCUUUAAUUUGCUACCUUUGUGGGAAAGUUUCCAGCUCGGUGGUCCUUCAUUUUGAGAGUUUUUAAAGUUGUACCUUGUUGUUGUUUUAUAAAACGAAAGCAAAGCAUAAAGAUGGUUGGUGAUGGUGGUGGACAAGUCGCGAUCAGAUUAUCCAGCCAUCCACUAUAGAAGUUUCCAAAAUGAAGUUGUUACAAUUUUUAUUUGAAUAUUAAAGAAAUAGAAGUUUCCAAAGUUUA